ACAGAGCUGGGCUCUCCAGGGCCCGGGCUCUGGGCUGGGGCGCCGGCAUUGCCUGUCACAGAGCCUUUGGGAUGCCAGGUGUUGCCAAGUCUCAGGGGUGACAAGGCCUCAGAGCAGCUGCCCUUUUCCCAGGGGCUGAGGCAUCCCAGGCUGAGAGCCAGCCCUGGCUGUUUGAGGGGCUUGACGCCCACUUACCGUUCAAGGUCUUUGGAUAACAGGGUGGGUGUCUCUCGGGCUUCUCCAGCUGGGCAGGGCCAGAGGGGCUGGGCAGGGCUUGGGGUGGCCCAGGAGACUUAAAAAGCAGGGCCCCCAGAGCGGUUGUCCCAUAUCUUCCUGAGAGCAGCAACAUGGCCUUUCUCUGGCUUCUCUCCUGCUUUGCCCUUGUGGAGGCUGCCUACGGCUACUGCGGGGUCCCCACCAUUGAGCCUGUGCUGAGUGGUCUGUCCAGGAUCGUCAAUGGGGAGGACGCCGUCCCGGGCUCCUGGCCCUGGCAGGUGUCCCUGCAGGACAGCACUGGCUUCCACUUCUGCGGGGGCUCCCUCAUCAGCGAGGACUGGGUGGUCACUGCCGCCCACUGCGGGGUCAGCACGUCUCACCUGGUCGUGGCUGGGGAGUUUAACCAGCGCUCAGAUGAGGAGAACAUCCAGGUCCUGAAGAUUGCCAAGGUUUUCAAGAACCCCAGGUUCAACAUGCUGACCGUCCGCAACGACAUCACCCUGCUGAAGCUGGCCACGCCCGCCCGCUUCUCCCAGGCCGUGUCCCCCGUGUGCCUGCCCGAGGCGACAGACGAAUUCCCCCCUGGUUUGCUGUGUGUCACCACCGGCUGGGGAAAGACCAAGUACAAUGCCAACAAGACCCCCGACAAGCUGCAGCAGGCGGCCCUGCCCCUCCUGUCCAACGCCGAGUGCCAGAAGUUCUGGGGCAGCAAGAUCAGCGAUGUGAUGAUUUGCGCCGGCGCCAGCGGGGUCUCCUCCUGCAAGGGCGACUCUGGUGGCCCCCUGGUCUGCCAGAAGGACGGAGCCUGGACCCUGGUGGGCAUCGUGUCCUGGGGCAGUGGGACCUGCUCUACCUCUGUUCCUGCUGUGUACGCCCGCGUCACCGAGCUCAUGCCCUGGGUUCAGGAAAUACUUGCUGCCAACUGAGCCCAUGGCUCCCACUAUCCCAACCCUGAGUGUUUCCAAUAAAAGCAUACAAAGGGAA